CUUUGGGGGGCUCCCUCUCUCCGUGGGUGACCUAGGAAACCCCCCCUCCCGCUCUCAUUGGAGCAGGCUGGGAGGGAGGCGGGGAGCCGGCACCCUCCAGCUCGGCGCCUGCCCGGGACUUAAAUCAUGUCCUGGGGAUCCUCCUGGCCGCGCCGGCUCUGUCUUCCGCACCGGACGGUUGCUCCCCCGCUGGAUUCCUGCCUUUCUUCUGUUUGCUUUUCUCGAGUGCGGCUGCAUUGGGUAGCAUGAUCGUCUGUCCGCCCGCUCUGAUUCAUAACAGCAGACGGUGCAAAUCCAAUCGAAAUGCUAAAGUUUCCCAUUUAUUCGGUGUUGGUUAGCCAGGAGGCUGCCAGCGGCCAGGAAGGCACCUGGCUAGCGCGUCAGCCCCCGGCCCAGGAUGGACAGUUGGAGCCAUUAAACGAGGGUUUGCUUUCUAGAAUCUCCGAUCUGCUGUUCUGCCGCUGGACCUGCCGGCACUGCUGCCAGAAGUGCUACGAGUCCAGCUGCUGCCAGUCGAGCGAGGAUGAGGUGGAGAUCCUGGGGCCCUUCCCCGCCCAGACGCCCCCCUGGAUGUUAGCCAGCCGGAGCAGUGACAAGGAUGGAGAUUCGGUCCACACGGCCAGCGACGUCCCUCUGACCCCCCGGACCAACUCCCCCGACCGGAGGUCCUCGGACACCUCCAAAUCCACCUCCAGUCUGACCCGGAGGAUUUCCAAUCUGGACUCCAGGAGCCCCAGCUCGCCCCUCAUCGACCUCAGGCCCGUGGAGCUGGGGCUGCUGAGCACGAAGAAGGAGGCGGUGCAGCCGUCGGUGCUGCGGCGGCCCUGCGCGCCCGACGACUACUUCCGCAAGCUGGAGCCGCGCCUCUACUCGCCCGAGCCGGGCGCCGCGGACGACGUGGACUUCCUGACGGACGAGGAGAUCCUGUCCAAGUUCCAGCUGGGCAUGCUGCACUUCAGCACGCAGUACGACCUGCUGCACAACCACCUGACGGUGCGCGUGAUCGAGGCGCGCGACCUGCCCGCGCCCGCGGCGCACUGCAACCCGUACGUCAAGGUGUGCCUGCUGCCCGACCAGAAGAACUCCAAGCAGACGGGCGUCAAGCGCAAGACGCAGCGGCCCGUCUUCGAGGAGCGCUACACCUUCGAGCUGCCCUUCCUGGAGGCGCAGCGCCGCACGCUGCUGCUCACCGUGCUGGGCUUCGACAAGUUCGCGCGCCACUGCGUCGUGGGCCAGGUGGCCGUGCCGCUCUGCGACGUGGACCUGGUCAAGGGCGGCCACUGGUGGAAGGCGCUCAUCCCCAGCUCGCAGAAUGAGGUGGAGCUGGGGGAGCUGCUGCUGUCUCUGAAUUACCUCCCCAGCGCCGGGAGACUGAACGUCGACGUCAUUCGAGCCAAGCAGCUUCUGCAGACCGACGUGAGCCAGGGUUCAGACCCCUUUGUGAAAAUCCAGCUGGUCCAUGGACUCAAACUGGUGAAAACCAAGAAGACGUCCUUCUUGAGAGGAACAAUCGAUCCUUUCUACAACGAGUCCUUCAGCUUCAAAGUUCCCCAAGAAGAACUGGAGAAUGCCAGCCUCGUGUUCACAGUGUUCGGCCACAACGUGAAGAGCAGCAAUGACUUCAUCGGCAGGGUGGUCAUCGGCCAGUACUCCUCGGGGCCCUCCGAGGCCAACCACUGGCGACGGAUGCUCAGCGCCCACCGCACGGCCGUGGAGCAGUGGCACAGCCUGCGGUCCCGGGCCGAGUGCGACCGCGUGUCCCCAGCCUCGCUGGAGGUGACCUGACCGCUAACGCUUGUUUGUAAGCGAGAAGGAAGACGUUGUGAGGGGAAAAAAAAAACAAAAAACACGUGUCAAGUACUUAUCACCUACACACUCACACACACACACUCACCACAUGCACACACACCACACAUGCGCCUAGACACAUUCACACGCAUGCACAUGCACACACAUGCACACACUCACACACACGCACACACACACUCACCACAUGCACACACGCCACACAUAUGCCUAGACACAUUCACACGCAUGCUCACGCACACACAUACACACACUCACACACACGCACACCACACAGGCGCUCACACACUCAUCCACACAUAUUCACACACACUCACAUUCACACACAUACACACACACACCACAUGCGCACACACAACUUCAUUUGCGUGCAUGCGCGCACACACAUGUGCGCGCAUGCACACAUACACACAUACACACACACACACACACACACACACACACACAAACUCCCCGUAUCCUCUCAGAACGGAGAAGACACCAACCAUUGACCACAGAAUGGCGGCCCUCAAGGAGCGACCUGAGAACUUUCCAAACCUUUCCAGAAGCCCCAUCCAGACGUCAGCAGCCAGGUGGGCCCAGCUGUGGAGCUGUCCGGCAGUGCUGCUUCUUGAGGACCACCCCACGCCCCACCCCACACUCACUUCAUCCCUCAGGACAGACACAGGCUUGUCAAGCUUCAUGGAGACAUUUUUCCAAGUGUGAGGGGAGGCCCAGCCCCCUCCCUGGGUGACCUCUCAACAGACUGCUGCCCGGGGGGGGGGGGGGGUGGCCUGGGACCCGACACCUGUCCCCGCUCUCCCCACCCCAAAGUGUAAGUACUCCGUGUUCUCAUCAGCGUCUGCCAGAGACAGACGCGCUGAGGGACGCGGUGGCCACCCCCUCCUCCCUGUAUAGAAGCUGCUCUCUGCUUUUCCUGUCUCUAGCCAGGCCAGGGGACUCCCGGGAGCUGCGUGUGUGGACCGUCUCGGGUGAACACGUGUGUGUCCGAGUGUUCCCUUGCUGGGCCGGGACCUCCCGCGUGAGCCAUCUCUCCGCCUCUCCCGUCUGGUAAAAGCCCACCCGACGUUCCAUCUCUCCACACCCCUUCGCCACCACCGGCCGUGUGUCUCCACUCAGUAGAAUACGGUAGCGCAAGAGCCGGCCCCUCACGGCGACGGUGACAUGGGGUGUGGGGGGGGGCAGCCUGGUGCCGGGUGUACCUGGCCCCGUGCCCGCUCCCCGGCCCGCGGCUGCUGCUGCUGGUGGUGGUGGGGUCUUUGUGUGUUUGUGUGUGAGCCCAGCCCUCCACGCUAAGGGCCUGGUGUAGCUAGAGUAGAUGUCCGCGUGUCGGCUGCUGCUGUCUCCCUCCCACGGUGUGGCGUCUCGUGUGGCAGAACGCUCUCCACUGAGAUUAAAGAUUACCUACUUGUGCCCUGCA